GUUGAACUAAGAUUAUGCAGAGACUGGAUAGUGCUCAGUGCUGAGUGUUGUUUCUAGUAUCUAGCCGUUUUGUUAUUGCCGCUUCGUCGGUCUCUAGUUCUUGUUGUUGCUGCUAAUUUAAGAUAAUUCCGGAACUGUUUCAUCCUUUCAAGUGUUGGACUGAAUUUGCAAUGAAAGUGAUUGGUGGCAGAAAAUCUUGAAAAUAUGAAAGUGUGGAGCAAAAGUUUUCACUUUUGCGUCUUGUGACAGCUUUUUCCACUGUCGCGACCGGGGACAGAUGGGAAGUGCAUCCGGUUGUUUGAGUGUGAUGUGAGUGUUUGCAAUAAAACGUACGCUUCUUAGGUGUUCUCCCGUUUGCAGGAGUGUCGCCUUUUUACGAGCGUGUGCUGUUGCUGUGAGUAACAAUCAAACUUAUAGUGAUUUUAUAGGCUCAGGCUAGUGGACGAUGUCCGAGCAGUUGAAUAGUGAAAUUGAUUUAUGAACUUGCUUGAGGCACGCUUCUAGUAGUUUCGCUUCACCGGCGCAAAGGAUCAACAAACGUCGAAAAUACGCAGUUUUGACAUCGGAAUACAUCCCGUAGCAGACGGCGGCGCACGACGUACUAUCUCACCCACUAUCGCAAUAACGACAAGAUGGCAGAUCAGACCACCGGUCGGCAGCUGCAGCGGAUCCUGCACUAUUCGGUGACUCCCUGCCGGCCGCUGCUGGGCCUGCGACGUUCCGAAUGUGCAUUAUACGACGUUGACUGUGAUGAAGUUUACCCUAGGCUGUACAUCGGCGAUGCGGCAUCGGCGAGAAACAAGCAGUAUUUACGAUUGAUUGGAAUCACACACGUACUGAACACGGCCGAAGGAACGCGCUUCGGUCAGGUGGACACCGGCCACAGCUACUAUCGGGACAUGUCCGGGGUUAGUUGCACUUUCAGGUACAUGGGCUUUCCGAUGGUUGAUCAACCGACAACGGACAUCAGUCGAUAUUUUUAUAUCGCUUCCAAGUUUAUCGAAAAUGGCAUCAACAGUGGAGGAAAAGUCCUGGUGCACUGCAUGAUGGGCAUGUCCCGGUCAGCGACUUGUGUGCUGGCGUACCUGAUGAUCGUCCGCAAGAUGUCGGCGGCCGAGGCGAUCCGAACGGUUCGCAUGCACCGUGACAUUCGACCGAACGAGGGUUUCCUGCAGCAGCUCGCCGAUCUGGACAACGAGCUGAAGCGGGACCGAUUGUACUAUUGACUCGAGUGUGGCCAACGGUUUCGAAAGAAAUAACGGUCCCGAACAAACUAAUCCCCAGUCCCAUGUCAUCGUCUCCGUUUCAUUCUCGUUUUAACAGUUUGUUGUCAUUAAUCACAACCUCCCACAUGCACCUAUCAUGCUGGUCUGGCUAGAAAAUUCAAACCACGGGAGGCCGAACUUCCCGCCAAGCGGUGCUUUUUUCUUCUUCUGAUUAUGAUAUGUGGCACAGUUUUUACAUGUCAGAAGGAGAUUGAGCUGACGUAUGAAAAAUAGCCCCGCAAGCGUCUCAGUUGAGAGCGAAAACCACGGAAUGAUCUCAGCUUCAUUUAUCAUUUAUCCCAAACCCGGGUUUCAUAAUCCACAUAUUUCUGUACAUAUUGCUAAAACGAUUUGAUUGUUUUUACGUUGAAAUUUCUCUCACAUCUAAUGAAAAUAUGCAGAAAAAAAACUUGCAUCGUACAACAAAAGAACUUGCCAUAAAAAGGACUAGUCAUCAAAAGAACAGACAUAGUUUCCCCUCCCCCUCCCAAGAUGUGGUAGAGUUUUAUCGAUCAUAGCGCAGUCAUAAUACUGUAUGUAUGUCUGACUUGUUACAUAUGCUUUUCCCCAAACCCAAACCCUUAGCCUUCACACGUACGUACCAAUGACAAAUUUUGCCACAGUGUCGAACAAUCUGCGGAAAUAUUUUUUAACGAAAAACUCAACAUUCAAAUCUUCCUUCCUCGUAGCAGGAGAGGCUUAGCCGUUUACAAACCAGUAGAAAACAAAAGCACGGAAGGUUCGAAACUUUCCACCAAAGAAGUAGCUCUAAAAUAGUCACCACGUAGAACCAACCAACCAACCAACCAACUGACCUGACCAUGAAGGGAGCACAGAAUCAAACCAGUCUUUAAAAGGAUGUAUAUUUUUUCAUCGGAUGGACGAACCAAAGGUUCACGUUUUGUCGUAUUUUUCGGUUGGAAACCAACACUCUAGACUUGAAUCAGAAAAAGCAUAGCCAACGCGCGCGCGGGACAGGUUUAAAAGCGACAUCCUUAUACAUACUCCUAGUACACGAACACAGGAACACACCAAAUAUUUAAUCAACUGUGAAAAAGUUUAACAACAACAGACGACAUACUUAAGUAAUGUUUCGAAUGAUAAACUGGUGUUGAACUAUAGAAGCAUUAAUAAGAGCAUAUAUACAUAUUGAGAGAAUAUAAAUAAUUUUAUUAAACAGUAUAAUAACUAUUACUAGUAACACAACUUACUCAAAUGGUUUACCAGAGCCUGAUGAUGAUAAAAAAAUUAUU